AUGGGAAAUUACAUUACAUACCACAAUUCAUCAAAUUCUGCCGGGAGAGUGAUUCUAUCGGAUGGCAAGGUUUUUGAGUUCGACAAACCUCUCACGGUGGCUGAGCUAAUGUUAGAGUACCCACAGCAAGUUGUGGUUGAGUUUCACUCGGAUUUGACUAAAAAGAGGCCGACACCAUUGCCUGCUGACAAGAAGCUAGACAAGAAGAAGGUGUACCUCAUGCUGCCCUUGAAGCGAGGGAAACCAGCAUCAUUAUCAUCAGAGGAAGCAAGGCAUGCUCUUUUGAGCGCAAACUCGGUUUUAAGAUCAACGUCGUCUCUUUUAUCAUCAUCAAAGUUUCUCCCUGUAUUUGCUAGGUUAUGCACUGCCGGAAUUGGGGAGGAACAAAAUUUUGUUAUGCAAAAGAAGGAAUGUUAUGUGGAGGAGAAGCCAGCUAUGGAGAAAUAUGAUUCUGAGUUGGAAGAGAUUUUUGAGAGUAGGCCCGAGUAUUUGAGUAGGCAGCUUUCAGGUAAGAGAAUGUGGAAGCCUAGCUUGGAUACUAUUAAGGAGAAAAAGUGCAAGGAAGGAGUAAUCAGAUAUGCAUCUUUGAGUCUAUUAGCUUAA